UCCUUACUGAACCAUCAUGGCUCAACGACGAGUGCCCACCAUCAGCGACCUCAGAAUCAAGCUCUGCUACAUUUGCAGGGAGGAGGAGCGGUAUGAUGUACCCGAAGAUCCUCCCCGAGCAUGGACGCAUCCAUGUAAAUGCACACUUGUUGCGCACGAGUCCUGUCUGCUGCAAUGGAUACAGACCUCGCAGCAGAACCUCUCACGAGCCCCCAAUGCUCUCAAGUGCCCGCAGUGCAGCUCAGUGUAUGAGCUUGAAAGCGAUAAUCCACUCAUCCUACGCAUCUUGGACGCAGCAAACAGGGGCCUCUCGACGAUGGGAAAGAUUGUAACCAUCGCAAGCAUGACCGUGGUGGUGGUUUCUCUUGGGACUGGAAUGUAUAUCCUGAGCACGGCGUAUGGUGCCUAUGCUCUGAAAGAGUUCCUGGGUGCUGAGAUGUAUGAUCUCCUGCUAACGGAGGACCCUACUAAUUGGCCGUGGCAUUGCUACCUCAACCUUCCACUCAUUCCCCUUGCUCUCAUUAUCUCGCGUCUUCCUUUUAAAUCUAGUGUCACGCCACUUGUUCCCCUUCUCCUCGCAUGGCCAACGUCCACCCCCCCGCGGAUCGACAAGCGCAUAGUCCUCAAUCGUUGGAGUGUCCGGGAAGCAACACAACGGGAAAUGUUUCCCAUACUCCCAAGCUGGCCCCCUCCACCAGUAUUGCUCGGCUUGAUCAUCUAUCCGUCUCUGCGUAUCACAUAUAACCGCCUAUUCUCUCAGUUCUCGAGAUGGGCGCUGGAUACGCAACCGGAUGCGACCGAUAGCGCACAGCGCAUGAUGCUUGCUUUAGAGGAUGAUGACCCAUUCCUUCGCAUUCGCAUCAAUGCUAAUGGCGAAGAACGGAACGCCCAGCUCCAGCCUAAUGGUCAGGGCCAGCAGGACAGAGGUGCAGGUGUUGCCAACAAUGAUGUCAACAAUAAUCCAAAUGUCGAUGGCGAGGCCAUCGCAGGAGACGUUGCUGCUGCUGCUGAGAACACCAUUCGCGUAUCGGGGACCUCCCUUGGGCGACUGAUCGGAGGAGCCUUAAUUAUCCCACGCAUCUCCAGUUUCAUGGGCUCACUGUUGUAUCGACUAUCCAAGUAUUCACCGCUUUUACGCCGUUUCCUUGCUGUGCGCCCACCUCUUCCACCUGAUGUGCGGCCGUCUCUGGUGGGGACUUGGAUCGAUGAGGAAAUGUGGCGCCAGUUGAGCCCUGUGAAGCGGCUUAGCGUCGCUGGACUGAUGGGUCUUAGCGUCGCGUGGCGGGGAACUCCCAUUUGGGCAGAAUGUGAUCCUGUUUGGUGGAGAAAUUCAUUAGGGCUGGGUCUUUUCACUGUCGCAAAGGACUGCUUGCAUCUCCUACAUCUUUGGCUUGCUAAACGGGAGCUGCAGAGUCGGCGUGUUAAGAACAAGUCAUUUGAAGGUGUUGACGUAAGGGAACUGGAUCUCAUUGAUCCCGUGACACACACAGGACACUACCAUCCGUAGCUCAGCGCUCAGCUAUGUAUUUCUCACACCUUUGUUCUUACGAACGCUUCUCGUACGUAGAUUCUUAUAGCAAACUGCUUCUGAUCAAUAGCGUUGGUCAUUUUCAAUCGAAAUUGACCGUUGGCAUAAU